AUGGCACUCAAGCGUGGCUUGUCAAUGAAGAUCAAGUCGACGUUAAAUUUAACCAAAGAGAAACUCUCGUCGCACAAAUCGGGUCAAAGUGUAUCGUCGAAUCAUUCUGCAUCUUCCUCUUCACAUACGUCGGCAUCCCGGUCAAGAAUGUCAUCUUUCUCCUCGUCCGGGAGUCACACAACGCUGGAAUCGUACGAACCAGAUAGAAGCACUGGAAAGUCUCUGCCGUCUCCUUUAGAUCUUUCAGCUCCUGAUGCUGACUUUCUAAUGCGGUCCUCAAGCACUUCACGGCGACGUGAGCGUCGAGGACGCCACUCUGGGUCGAUUCUCAAAUCCAAAACAUCCAGUCGAUACGGAAAGGAGGUACUAGACACAGAAGCAGCAUCAACGGUCGAAAAUGUAGAUUCUGCAAACGAGAAAAAGGACAAGACAGCAGAACCAAACGAGGUGAUCCUCCUUCCAAUCGAUCCGGAGGACAAGGUUGCACCUCCGUGCACCCCGGACCAACUCACACCAAUUAUUCCAAUGACCAUGGAACAGCUAAAGAAUAAACUUCCGGUCAGUUUGAGCUCGCCAGUCAUGACAAGUGAGGAGUUGUUCAGUAACCACAGCAACGCAACUGCAGAGGACGGCACAGCCCAGCAACAGAAAAAACGGCCGUUGAUAAUAUCGUCUUUGAGCAGUACGAGCAACACAGCCACGUUUGUGAGCAGUUCCUCGAGUGUUUUGGGAAGUUCCUUGCAACAGUCCUCGAGCAGCAACUCGUUGAGAGGCAGUGUAGGCGGCAGUUCGUAUGGUGCAGGGUUGUAUGCGACGUUGGACGAUGAGCAGUACAAGGAUCACAUUGACCCGCUUUUCCUCAAGACAAACCAGAUAGACCACUUUGACAAGUUCCUUGACAGGAAGAAAAACGACAAACUGGCGGAUCAAAUGGGCUGGAACAUUCUUCACAACAUCUCAGAGGAGGAUGUGGAUGAGCUCUCGAUGCUUGACAAAGGCGUUUCCGACAAGUUUGCCUGUUCCAUGUGUCAGGACUAA